AUGGUUCCACUAGAAUCGGUUCAACAUGGACAAUCUCAAGCGUUAAUACCAGUGAAUGGUGCUGAUGAGGACUUUUAUGACGGCUCAGAAGUGUGUCAAGAAAAAGGCACAAAGAGACUACGUAUUGGGUAUGAGCAAGCAUGUGCAGCGUUCGAGACCCCAACGACAUACGAAGAAGCUCUUAAGUCACCUCGUCGUGAUAAUUGGUACAAGGCCAUUCAAGCUGAGCUCAAGGCAUUAGAGGAAAAGGACACCUGGACUGUUCAAACACAGCGUCCAAACCAGAAAGUGAUUGGAACCAAGUGGGUGUUCGCACUCAAACGAAACGAGCUGGGUGAGAUUAUUCGAUACAAGGCACGUCUUGUAGCACUUGGCUACAGGCAGACGUAUGGAGUUGACUACAUGGAGACAUAUUCACCUGUGGCAAACCUCAACUCAAUACGGGUGUUUUUGGCGGUGUGCUGUCAAAAGGGGAUGUUGAUUCAUCAAUAUGAUGUCGACACUGCUUUUCUGUAUGGCGUUUUGGAAGAAGAGGUAUACGUAUACCCUCCUCUGGGUGUUCGUGCAGAACAUAAUCAAGUGCUUAAGCUGAAUCGCAGUCUGUAUGGGCUGAAACAAGCGGCCGCUACAUGGUACAAGACAAUUUCGUGUGUGUUUGUGGAGAUGGGGUUCUCUUCAUGCGUGGCAGACUCAUGCAUUUUCGUCAAAGAGACCAAGGGCUCGUGGAUUUACGCUGCAUUAUAUGUGGACGACCUUCUAAUUGGGGCUGAAUCUACUGGAGUGAUGGAAGAUGUGGCAGCUCAACUAUCAAGUCGUUUCCAGUUGAAGAUACUAGGGGGUGUUCGAUACGUUCUUGGAAUCGAAGUCAAGUACCUGCGCAACAAUCGACGUCUGAAGAUCAGUCAAGGAUCGUGUAUAUCAAGAAUGGUCGAGAAAUUUAAUCAAGUUGAUGCGAAAGCAGUGUCAAAUCCAAGUGUUGAAGGGCAAGCGAUGGUCAAGAUGGACAAAGCUGACACAAGAAUGAAGAAUCGACCGUAUCGAUCGUUAGUGGGGUCGUUGUUGUAUGUGGCAACAGGCACACGACCAGAUAUUGCGUAUACAGUAUGUCAGCUGAGUCGUCAUUUGGAAUUUCCACAUGAAGAGCACUGGAAUGCAGCGAUUCGAGUGUUGCGAUAUCUGAAGACGACGCAGAGCAAAGGAAUUUGUUAUGAAGGAGUUUCAGGCAAUCUUCAGCUGAGCGCGUACACCGAUGCAGACUGGGCAAGUAACAAGUGGAAUCGCAGAUCGAUUUCGGGAGUUUUUAUCAUGAUUAAUGGCGCACCUGUGAUUUUCAAGUCGAAGAUGCAGCAGAGCGUGGCACUGAGCACGGCAGAAGCAGAGUAUAUGGCUCUUUCUUUAUGUGUGCAGGAGGUUCUGUGGACAAGAAGUCUACUCAAGGAGAUGCAAGUGCAGAUUAACUAUGCUGUCAAGAUUCACGAAGACAACCAGAGUGCAAUCGCUAUCGCUAAGAACGACGGCUAUCAAAGUCGAGCGAAACAUAUCGACAUCAGAUACCAUUUUGUGCGCGAACAGGUGAAAGACAAGAUUAUCGACCUGCAGUAUACUGAAACCAAGUCACAGCUGGCAGAUUUUCUGACCAAACCGAUUUCGACAAAGAAGUUCGAGUCGCUGCUGGACAAGGCCAGGAUCAGAGACUUCUAG